AUGAGCGGGAGGACUGCGAUCGUUGUGGCAUGUGAGUCGGAGUUGAGUCCGUUGAAAGCUGGCAUGACCAACGUCACGAGCCGGACGUUGGGCGGCAAGGAGUUCUUUUGCGGGCAGUUGGAGGGCUGCGACGUCGUGCUAGUGCAGUGUGGCGUUGGAAGAACCAACGCCGCGGCCACCACGGCCGUUGCCUGUGCAGAGUUUAAACCGCAGCGAGUCAUCAACUCUGGAUCUGCCGGCGGCUUGGCGACGGGUUUAAAAAUAGGCGACGUGGUAGUUAGUGAUAGACUGGUAUAUGGAGAUGUAGAUAAUCGCUGUUUCGGCCUUAAGUACGGCCAGGUUCCGGAUGACUUGGAGGAGUUCCAUCCGUCACAAGACCUCCUGGCUGCAUUUCACUCCAUCUGCGAGAAGCAGCUGGAGGAGCAUGGCAUCCGCGUGCACCAAGGGUUGAUUGUUACGGUAGAAUCUUUUUGUGAAUCUGAAGUAGUGAAGAAGAAUUUCUUCAACUAUUGGCCCGAAGCAAAAGCGGUAGAAAUGGAAGGGUGCGCAGUGGCGCAUGUGUGCCAACAAUUUAAGGUCCCAGCCAUCGUGGUUCGGUCAAUUUCGGAUACGGCAGAAGAUCACAUUGACUACCACACAUUCGCCAAACUCGCAGGAGAGAGAUCGGCACAAGUUACGAGAGCUUUUCUCAAGACCUUAAUAUAA